CAAACUUGUAUUUAGACGUCAUCGUGAUGGCGGGACAAGUUUGUUUUAGGUUUUUAGUCAUGUGGUUCAUUGUAACAUAAGUAGACAAUGAAGUGUUUUUCUCCUACAUGUGAUUGAUAGGGCCGAUUUUCUUCUAUAACUAAGUAUAAGUACAUUUUAUUCAGUACAGUAUCUAAUAACCAUGUUGACAUAAAUUACAUUCAAGCUCUGGCCCUUUUAAUUGAAGCAUGAAAUUCUGAUAGCGAUUCAUUUAAGAAACAAAUGAGAUGGACUUAGCUUUUGUGGAAAAGCUUAAAGAAGAGCAGCGUAAGGCCCUUGAAAACUGUGAAGAAAGAAUUGAACAAUGGGAAAAAUUCAAAAAAGAUUACGAAUCACUUAAAGAACGUCUGGAGACUUUACCUGAUGUAGUUUCUUAUGAAAUAAUGGUACCUUUUGGACCGCAGGCAUUUAUUCCUGGAUCUCUUGUCCACACCAAUCAGAUAAAAGUUCUUCUAGGAGACAACUGGUUCGUUGAAAGAUCGGCAAAACAAGCUUCGGAGAUAGCAGGUCGAAGGAUUAAGCAAUGUGACAAAAUGUUAUCUGAUUUACACAAAGAAAAGGAACAAUUUCAGAACUGGAUUAGUUACACAACAGAGAUACAGGGAGACGAAGAUGCUGUAGAAAUCAUGGAAGAAUAUAACCCUGAGAAAGAAAAAAUUUGGAGAGAGCAGCACAGGAAAAAUGUAAAAGCAUACCACAGACAAUUAGCAGAAGAAAGACAGAAACAGAAACAAACUGAAGAAAACAAUUUAACUCAAGAUGAAAAUAAAUUGGAUAUUAAUGAUGAUAAAGAGUUGUGGGCUUACUUAGAUGUUCUUGAAGAACAAGAAGAUGAGAGAAAUGAGAUGUUGGAGUCUUCAGAGGAAGAAGAAAAAGAUGUGAUAAAAGAAUCUUCUUCAUCAGAAGAUGAUGCUGAAGAUUCAGAUGAUAAAGAUGAAGAAAAAACAAAAGUGAGAUGGAAAGAUGUGAAAACACUAAGACCUAACCAGAUAACAUUCUCGCAUACUGCAUCUGAAUCAAAUGUAGAUGAAGAUCUUCAGGAAACUGUGCAUCAUAGGGAAAACGAAAAUAAAACUGACUUAGUUAACAGUCCUGCUGACAUUUAUAAGUAUUUUGGAGUUAUCUCUAAACCAAAGUCAAUUCUAAAGACAAGGUCAGAUCAGAUUGAAGUGAAGAAUGAAACAGUUAUGUUCCCUGAACAUGAAUCUGUUCCUAUCGUAAACGAAGAAGAAAUGUUUCCUUUACCUAAUUAUCGACACAACAGUACUUCGGAAACGAAAGGUCUGCAACAACCAUCGAAAACAGCAGAGAAAACGGCAUUCACGGGUGAAAUUGUAGAGAAAAGUAAGAAUUCUGGAGAUGUCGUUAACCCUGAAGAAUCACCAAUGGCUAGGCCACUUUCUCGUUUUAAGGCACAAAGAAAAGGAAUGAACAGAUAACAGACUUGAUCUUAUUAAAAAUCAAGUUAAGAUACUUUAACAGAAAUCUUCAGUAAAGCUUUGAUUUUUGUUAUGAGAAUUUUCGUGUUUAUGUACAUAGAUGUAUUCUUAAUGAAAAAUACCCAUGAACUGUUGAUCAACAAUGGAUAAGCCGUUAUUUCAUUAUAGAUUUUUGAAACUAUUAGAUUUUGAUAUUUCAAACAGAUUGUUGUAAAGUUAAAAACUAGAAGUGUUUGUGAAAGACAAAAAUACAGCAAAAACAAAAAUAAUAAAUUGUAAAAGAUAGUCUGAAAAAUCUAUUCGGGAUUGAUAAAUAGCUGAUAACACUGUACCAUGAUACCAUCAACCAUUUUCAACAAAAGAAUUGUUAUUAACUUACUUGCUGAGAGUAAGAUGAACUUAAAGUGCUUCAUGGCAGUUUACUAAACCUAAUUAUGAUAACUCUGUGCCAUGAUACUGUCAACCAUUUUCAACAAAAGAAUUGUUAUUAACUUACAAGCUGAGUAAGAUGAAUUUAAUUAAAGUGUUUCAUGACAGUUUACUAAACCUAAUUAUGAUAACUCUGUGCCAUGAUACUGUCAACCAUUUUCAACAAAAGAAUUGUUAUUAACUUACAAGCUGAGUAAGAUGAACUUAAUUAAAGUGUUUCAUGACAGUUUACUAAACCUAAUUAUGAUUGUAGUUUCGUAUGUUAAAAUGAUAAUAAAAAAUUAUUUUUAUAAAA